AUGUCGGGCAUGAUCCCUAAGCAGGGGAACAAGCGGUCGAACCGCAACACGCAACCGGUCGCGACCGGGGUGGCUGAAGCCACGAAAGGGGAUGCAAAACCCCAAGGCAAGGAGGCUGCGCCUCCAUCACGAGGGCCUGCGGUCUCACCGGAGGCUGAGACCUCCCAAGAGGCUGCGCCCUCACAAGCCCAGGCGAAGACCUCGGCUUCAGCAGAGCCUUCAGGUGCACAAGCGGCAGAGCAACCAUCUGCAGAGAAUGGCUCCACGCCCAAGAAGGCUACGUCCAAGAAACCUGGCCGCGCCAGUCCGGGAUCGGUGCACUCUGCGCCGGCGAUGCCGCCGAGAGACAAAGGAAAAGGUAAGGGCCAAUCGAACCCGCCGGCCCCUGGGACUUUUCCACAACCUUCUCUACCACUUCCAUGGCGGCAGGACCCAUAUGGUAAUUGGUGGUACUUUGACGGGUACAACUGGUGGAUGGGUUACCGAGCGGUGGACACUCUGGGCAGCAGCCCACGGGAGCAUCUCAGACCAGCGAAGAAGGAGGAGAAGCCUGAGGAGUCCGGAGAUGAUGAUCCGGAUUGGGGAGGAGAUGACGACGGAGGCGAUGGUGAUAGCGACUACACCUAUGAAUAUGAGGAAGAAGGCGAAGAAGAGGAGUUCGCCGAGGAGGACCAGAGCCCGGUCGUGACCCCAAGGUCGGAACGACCAUCGGUGCGAAGACAGGGCAGCGUUCCUCCUGAGCGGUCCCCGCGGGACAGAACAGGAUCAGCAGCAACGCUGUCGGCAGCCGCCUCGGACCUUUCGUCCAUUCGCACUGAGUCAGUGCGUGAGUUGCCGCGCAACCACUACCAGGACUGGAUCAAGAUCAUCCAAGCGGAAAGAAGGCUACGAGAUGGCGAGCUGGCAGUUUUGAUCUUUCUGUCAUGCGAGGGAGGGGCACGUCAGGUGUUGAACCAGCUCGAGGUGGACGAUACGCAGUCCGAAGGUGGACUCGGGCGCAUGCUGCGCCUCCUCGAUGAUGCCUUUGGCUCGAAGGCGGACGAGCGCUUUGAGGAGAGACAGGGUGCCUAUUUGGGCUACAAGCGUCUCCCUGGGCAAUCUAUCGCCGCCUACGUGGCAACGUUGAAAAGACUCAGAGAGGAGCGGUUGACACGCCGAGAACGCUAUGACGCGUUCUUCGCUGCAGGUGGCGUCUACAAAAGCGCAGAGAUCGAACGCGUUCUGCGUUUCAGGUGCGCUCAUGUGCACAAGGAGGAGCACGGCGGCAGCCGCGGAGCUCGCCGCGACGAGCCGGAAAGAGCCUCAGCCUCGGCAGCGUCCCGACGGCCUCAGCAGGCGAAGAGGUACCCCUACAAGAGAGGUGAUCGCCGCAAGCCGCCGAAGCCAACCAGGUAUGCCCAUGUCGCGGACAAUGACGACGAGGUGGAAGAAGAUCCCUUCGACGAGGAUGACGAUGAGGACUUCGAGAACGAAGACCCUGAGAUGGAAGCACUGGUGGCGGAAGGCGAGAUGCCAGAAGAGGAGGAAUGGUCCGAAGAGGAUGAGGAUCUGGAGACCAUGGAUGAGCAGGAGACCAUGGAUGAGCAGGCGCUCACAGAAGCGUUCAGCGCAGGAUGGCGUGCCAAGCAGCGCACAGCAGAUGCUCGCAAGAGCAGGGGGUUCAAACCGAAAGGAAAAGGUGCAGGAAAAGGCGGAGGAGACCGCCGCACUCCAGAGGAUCGCAAGAAAAACAGUACCUGUGCCAGCUGCGGAGAGAAGGGCCACUGGAGAGGAGACCCGGUCAAAGAGGAGACGCCAGCUGAGGAGAUGCGACGACGCAAGGCAGCGCCCUGGAGUCGCAAGCCGCCGGAGCCGGAGGAGCCACCCCCUGAGCGUCCACCGUUGGUCCGCCGACCAUAUGUGGCGCUACCGGUGGAGACUCCCAGAGAUGCACGUCCGACACGGCGGAAGCACGACGAGGUCGAGAAGUCCAAGGUGAAGGAAAGCCCGGCACUGCCGGGCGCAACCGCAAAGAGCAAGACUCGACCGGAGACAGAAGUAGACCCUCCUCGGCAGCGCCGAUCUCACCGUGAGGGCGAAGACAGGGAUCGUUCAAGAAGAAGGAGAAGGCGGAAGUCACGAGAAGAACGUGGCGAAGAAGCUGGUGAGACCCCAGCAUCAACUCCAAGGACAGAACGUUCAGAUGGAGAAUCGAAAGCCCCUGUCGAAGGAGGUGAAGACGUCAGCACCCGCCAGGUGAAUUGGACUCUGGUGCAUGGAUGGAGUUUUCUCAAGGAGUAUGACUCGAAUUCAGAAGCUCCGACAUGGGAGUCCGAGGAUGAGUCGAGCGAGGAGCCGGAUGUGGUGGCACGGUUCAAGCUCCAGGACCAGGAGAACAAACGCGAGGCCAGGACGAAGCUCAAGGCCAAGUUGUUGACGGUCCUGAAGUCUCUGGCGGAUGACGAGGAGGAUGAACAGGUGCGGCAGCGUAUCCGCAAGAAGGAGAAGAGGGUGCAAGAGCGGUUGACAGCAGCCACAGCAUCGGAGAUGGGACUGAGUGUCCAAGAACUCUUGAAGAUCCUCCCAUCCAUGAACAAGGAAGAGAAGAAGAUGUUGUACAAGCAGCUGAAGAAGGAAAGGGAGGAUGAGAUCCUCAAGGUCUUCGGCAAGGAUGCACUAGCAGACAGAACGCCCUCGAUGAUGAAGCGACAGGAUCAACGACGAGAUGGCUACUCUGCGGCAGCAGCCCAAUCAUCAGCGGCAGCAGCCGGCUCGAGCCGCGCUCGAAAUAGCCGGGGCGACCGGCGUGACAAGGUGUCUGAACCACCAGAUGACAAUGCCGACAUGCCGGCUGGUGUCAGGAAGAAGCACCUUGAACUCUUCAGGCGCGAGCUGUAUGAGAACGCCAAAGAUCGACUUGGACGAGUUCGUCCUUCCGAAGAGUCUGAGAUCCCGACGCCGCUUCAAGAGACAUGUGAACAUCCCUACAAUCGACUCUUGUGGGGAGCCAACAUACACGCCCACUGGGCGACAUGCCGAGAAUGCAAACUCAAGAAGGUGCUGUACUACUCAACCCUUCAUGGAGCGAUGGUGGAAGGAGCACCCCAAGUCAGUCACGACACCCUGCAGUCACAGCACCCACCUGUGGGACAUGUCAUCAUGGACACAGGAUGCAAGACAGCGGUGGCUGGAAAGAACUGGCACGAUGAGAUGAGGAUGAUGGUCAGGAAACUGGGCCUUAAGUACCACCCAGUGGAGCACGAGGAAGUCUUCAGGUUUGGAGCAGGCAGCCCAGUCCUGAGCACAAAGGCCUAUGUCUACCCGGUGACCAUCUACAAGGAGAAGUCAUGGGUGAGGAUCGCUGAAGUGGACAACACAGCGGAGGACCAUCGGGUGGCAGAAUGCCCUGGUCUCAUCGGACCAUCGGAGCUGGCAAGAUGGAAGGUGCAGAUUGACUUUGCCAGUCACAGGGUCGGCAUCGGAGGUCACUGGGAGCCCACGGUGAUGUCAGCUUCGCGACAUCCAAUUUUGAAUCUGCUCAACAUUCCCAGCGGGAAAACCAAGGCCGAGGAGUGGCACUCCAAGGACCUGGAAGCCCUGAGGCAGCGCCUCAUCAGGGAUCCUUACAGCCUUGCGCUGGUCCAAGAAGCUCUUGAGACCAGUUCGAUCUCAGGUGACAGCGAGGACAUCGAGCCCAAGCUAGCAUUCCAGUGCGGCCAUAUGGAUGUGGAAAUGGCCUUGUGGCAAGAAGGUAUGGAAGACGAAGCCCUGCAGGUCUUGGACAAGAUGGGAGGACCCAAGGUCUUCAAGGUGAUUGAUCAUCCGAUACCGGAAGAAAAAGAUGACAGCAGCUUGGGAAGCAUCAGUCCGAGGGAGUCAGAGACUUCACAUGACGAUGGUGUGGAGUAUUCGGAGUCUGACUCCACUGACUCAGAGACAGAGGAUGAUGAUGCGAUGCACCAAGCUUUGACAGGUGACAUUGGCGGCGACCUGGAGAUCUUCACCAAGGGCCAGAGGAGACGAGUUCUGGCCGCGUCCAAGCAGAUUGCAGAGGCAGCGACCUCCUUUGCCUACGGUGUGGGCUGGGAGUAUUUGGAGCCCAUCACAUUGCCUGGCUGGGACUUGAUGGAUCCCAACAAGCAAGCUGAGGCAUGGGAAUGCCUCGAGAGGAGUCAGCCAGAUCUGGUGGCUAUCGCGUGGCCAUGCGGCCCAUGGAGCAUCAUGCAGAACGCCAACCAGAAGACAGCAACACAGAAGGCAGCACUACGUUUCAAGAGGCAGCAAUCAAGGGUGCUGCUGAAGUUUUCCAGAGAUGUGGCUGUCUGGCAAAGGCGAAGAGAGAAGGCCCUCCUGGGAGAAAAUCCACAAACCAGCAAGGCAUGGGAUGAGGAGCCAAUUUUGGACGGCUUUGGCGGUCUGUCAGAAGCAGUAGCCGACCAAUGCUGUUUUGGCCUGCGACACCCAUGCAACAAGAUGCCGUUGCGGAAGGCCACACGAUUUGUCGGCCAAGAGGAAGAACACAAGCAGCGCAAGCGAGCUCGAGUUAUGCUCAGGGGCACGAAAUCAGUGAAGAAACUGCUGCAAGAUGUUGCAGGACGCCCUGAGCAGGUUCGUAAGAGAAGGAAGAGGCAGGAAGCUCCAGCCCCGGCGGCGCCGAAAGAGGAAGUGGCAGCGCCACCGGAGAGAGAGCAGCCUGCAGAAGAAGAAGAAGGGAGGGCAAGGUCAUACUCAUAUGAACCUCCAGAGCCCAUGGAUGACCCAGUGAUGCCGGAGGCAACACAGGACGCUGAACCAGCAGCAGCGGAAGAUGAGGAGCCGGCCGCGCCGGGAGAAGAAGAAGAGAGGCCAAAGCCUGAAGAAGUUCCAGUUCCGGACAUGGAUGAUGACGAAUGGGAUCAGUUCCCACCUCCUCAGGAUCCACAAAGACAGCUGCUGGAUGAUGUCCCCCUCAGCCUGAAAAAGAGGAAGGAUGGCAUCUCACAACUAGAUGCCGAACAUCGAACAAAAAGGCUGAAAGGAAGCUUCUGUGCAGGUGUGGCUGCGACCACAGUCAAUGGAGUCCAUCAGAAUGAGUGGAUCUCACAGUAUGAAGUGGAGUUGCUGCGUCAACUCACAGGCCUGCCCGUGACGGCAGCAAGGAUCCACAGGAUGAAGAGGAAGAGACUCCAGCGCCCACCGAAGCAAGUGAGCCGGGCCAGACUCAGUAUCCUGAUCGGUAACGAUCCGAAGGAUACCUUCAUCGUUAACGAGAAUGAAGACCAGGUCCGGGCCAACCCUAGGAGGAGAGCAAGCUUCGAGUGGCGUGGAAUGACUGUAUUCUACAGGGCCGCUGCCCCAGUUGGUAAGGAGAAGGUGUACAUCGAGCUACCGAGCGGAAUCUAUCUGACGGAGAUGUCACCGAAGCAAGCAGAGGAGUUCAAACUGCAAUGGAUUGAGGAGAUCCAUGACUGCCUGCUGGCUGAGGUACUGCUCCUGAAGAUGAAGCAGAACGGGCGCGAGCUCGACCCGAAGUACUUCAGCUCAGAAGAGAAGAAGGCAUUCCAGAAAUCGGAUGCCGGGUGCCGCGCAGCACGAUUUUUCUGUGCCCCUUUGCGCAUGGUUCGGACCAACAAAGCAUCGAGCCAACUGGCACCGCUGAUUGCCAAGAGCCGUUUGGUCGGCGGCGAAGACGGUGGCAGCCAGUCGUCAGCCACGAGCAGGAAGAUCUACAUCAAGGCACCAGCCGAAGGUCUACCUCCUGCGGAAGAUUGGUCUGAAAUCACCCCCUAUGAGCUCCCCCAGAUUCUCAAAUCAGCUUACGGCUUGACGGAAUCACCACGGCUGUGGUAUCUCGAAGCUCGAGACCGUCUGAAACAGACACCUCUGAGAGAGCUGGACAUCAGCAAGUCCACUUUCGUUGCUGGAGGUGGAGAUGGAAAACCCACUUGGGCAGUGCUCUGCCUACAUGUGGAUGAUGGACUGCUGCUCGGGUCCAAUCGGGAUCCACGUUUUCAGGAACUUCGACGCCAGAUUGAUGGUCUCUUCAAGAUCAAGGAGUGGAAGACUAUGGGCGACAAGCCUCUUCAAUUUCUGGGCGUCUGGACCACGCGCAGCAAGCAGGGUGAGAUCAAGGACGACAUGACGGAGUACAUCCGCCAGAUCAAGGUGCAAGAGCUCAAAGGCACUGGCCCUUUGGAUCAGAAAGGUGUGACCUUGUUUCGUCAACUGACGAUGCGCCUACGUUGGCCGGCACAGCAGACGAUGCCACACCUCCUGUACGAGGUCAGCUCUCUUGACCAACGGGUCACGAAGGCGACGCACGAGGACUACAAGGAGUCCCUCAAGCUCACCCAGAAGUUCAUCGAAGAAGCUGAAGCUGGCCGCGCCAGUCUGACCUAUCCGGUCCUCAACGACAAGAAGAUGUUUUUCCUCUCCUUUUUCGAUGCCUCGCUGGGCAAGGAACAGGACGGGAAGUCACAGUUGGGGGCCAUGCACUUCGUUACAACGGAAGAUGCCAGGCAGCGACCUACACAGGCAUCAGGUGUGCCGCAGUUCAAUGGCGGCAGAAGCAAUGUCGAUGAGUCUCUGCAAGAUUGGCGUACCACUAUGACGGUUCAAGGGGGGCUUGUCACGGACGCAAAAUCGCUCUACGACCACUUGGGAUCUACGGGGCAAAUCCCAACGGAACGUCAGACUAUGCUGGAUUUGAUGGUGGCCCGCGAUCAUCUGGAAUCGGGAGCUUACGAGCUAUUUUGGGUCCCAACAUUUCGACAGUUUGGUGACGGAUUGAUUAAGAAGAUGCGUAAUCUUCUGUGGGAGGUGUUUUGCAAACACCACACGGUCAGCCUCAAGGAGACCAAGGAGGAGAAGCAACUCGAGGAGCACAGGCAGCGCCUACGUCAGUUACAGCGACAGCGUCGCAAGGAAAAGAAGGGCAGCGACCCGAUACCAGCGGCAGCGCCGUCAUGUACAACCGGCCGCGCCGGGAAGCUAAUUAAGACAUCCUGA